CGUGGCUGUGUGUCAGUUUCGCUGGGACCCGCGGUCGAUGCCGGCGAGGGGGGGGAUGGGCGCCUCUCGAAUGCAAAGAUCCGGGGGAGAAUCAGAGCCUAGUGACAUAUACAGCAGUACCCCAAUAAAAAUAGCAAUUACAAAUACACGAUACUUUUAAAUAAAUAGAUACAUUUGCCUGGAAUAUAUUGGAGACACCCAAUGGAUGCAGUGCACUUGGAAAUAACAGGGGAUUUAACUUUCCCUCUAUUUAUGGGAGACGCGGAGAAGUUUGUAUCCUACCGCUGGAGAGCGAGCUACUUUUAAAGGCAAAGGAUACAGGAGACACCGCGGCCGACGGACGGGCCUUCUGGUUUGAUUGGAGUUGAUGUUGGGCUACUCAAAGAAAUUCCAUGAAUUCGCCUCGUUUGUGCAAGCUUAUUAUGCAUCUUUAGGUCCCACAUGACCGUAAGCCGAGGGCUACGGCUCAGCGGCUCCCCACCAUUGGAGUGGUUUGUCACUGUUGUUGGAGCCCUGUGAAUUCUCUCCCCAGCUACUGCACCCUCUCCCCACAAUUCCAUCCUGUCCCUCCCCUACCCCUCCCCUCCCCCCUUCCCCCCUCUUCCCCUCCCUCCCAAGCGUCGCUGUGCUGGACGUCAUGAGCAUAGUAAUCGCUCUAGGAGUCACCACACCUGAAACGUCUUACACAGAAAUGGCUGCUGGAUCAGACCCUGAAUCUGUUGAAGCAAGCCCUGCCGUAAAUGAGAAAAACUUUAACAACCAUAGUUGUGGAAGUGCACAAAGUCAUGGGUAUCGGGGACUACCAUAUGCUAAGCAACAGUCUUCCGUUGUGUGUUGUCAGGAUCACAACUAUGGUGCACCCCCUCCUCCCACCCCACCCGCUUCCCCCCUCGCUCAAACCAUCAUUCGUCGAAUGGAUCUCAAUGGCAUGGUUCGCAGUUCCCGCUAUUUCCAAACUACAGAGGACAACUCAGCAGACAGUGAUAGCUCCUCAGAGGAGGAUGGGGCUGUAGCCAACUGGUGUCACUGCACCCUGAUGCCAGACGGCUUGCUUAUCAAAUGUGACAACUGCAGAGGACUUGACGGGAGGAAAGGAACAGAUGGCCAGCACAGGAAAAAUGAAAAUGUCUCAGCUGGAGAGAGCAGUGCCACAGAGAGUGGCGAUGAAGAAGUGUCACCUUCCACCAUCUCUUACACUGCCACCCAGCACACACCUACCAGCAUCAAACUUACUGUCAACAGAGUUAAAAGAAGUAAAUCGAAAAAGAGGAAAAAGAGUACAGAAAAAGCCAGUGGAACACCAAAGGGCAAGAAAGUCAAAGCUUUUAGAGAGGGUUCACGGAAGUCGAUGAGGAUGAAGAACUUGACAACAGAGGCCAGUGUGCUGGACGAGAACACAACAGAGGGAUGGGAGAGUAGAAUCCGCCAGUGGACAGAACAAUAUGAGGAGGCUUUGGCCAACCAGUAUAGCUCUGACAUCCAGACUUUGCUCCAGCUCCACCACACUGCCAGAACUACUGUUGGAAACACAGAAAGUGGACGUACGAGUCUUCCAUCCACUUCACCGACAUCCGUUGACGCCAUGGACACUAUCAACCGCACCGAGCUGGCCUGUAACAACACUGUGCUCGGCUCGCAGAUGCAGCUGCAGUUAGGACGUGUAACGCGUGUGCAAAAACACAGGAAGAUCCUUCGUGCCGCCAAGAACCUUGAUCCUGACAUCCUCAUUAUUGAGUAUAGAGGGAAGGUCAUGCUCAAGCAACAGUUUGAAGUCAACGGGCAUUUCUUUAAAAAGCCCUACCCUUUUGUACUCUUUUACUCCAAAUUUAAUGAUGUUGAGAUGUGUGUGGAUGCAAGGACCUUUGGAAAUGACGCACGCUUUAUUAGAAGGUCCUGCACACCCAACGCUGAGGUGCGACAUAUGAUUGCUGAGGGUAUGAUACAUCUGUGUAUCUAUGCCAUUAGUCAAAUCACAAAGGACACUGAAGUCACUAUUGGAUUUGAUUAUGAGUUCAACAGCUGUAAUUACAAGGUAGACUGCGCUUGCCAUAAAGGGAACCAGAAUUGCCCUGUGCAGAAACACAACAUGAGCCCCAGGGAGAGCUUGCCGAGUACCCCCACAGUACCACCGCCCUCUCCUUUGAUUGGUGCUGAGACCCGGCAGAGAAAGGCCCGCAGAAGAGAGCUAGAGGUUUGUCCAGAGAGCAAUCAGGCUAUCCAGCACCAAGAGGCCAAAGAGCUGCAAGGAAACAGUGAUGCAGAGGCAGCGCUGGAUGAAGUGAAGAUAGAAGAGGCUGAAGAAGGAGAGGUGGAUGAAAACGAAAUUGUCAUCCCCAAUAAAAAAACAUUGAACAGUCUGGAAAAGAGGCGGCGAAAGACGGUCGCAGAUGUAAAGGAGGAUGGUGUAGAAACAGAAGAGGGGACAAGAGCCACCCCCAUACCCCUUAACACAGGGAUAGGCAUUAGCACACGACGUACUACCUAUGUCACGGAAGCACCGUCUAUUGAAGAAAAGUCCUCAUUACCAAAUCUGCCUCCCCCAGCUGCCCCCCCUAAACCCGCUCGCUCUUCUAAGCCUCGUCCCAAGAGCCGAAUGUCUCGCUACCGCUCCAGCUCAUCCCAACGUGCCAGGCGGCAGCGUCAAGCACUCGCCCAGCAGGCUGCUGCAGCAGCAGCUCCUUUAGUUGAGCAGAGUGCUGGUCUUGAUGAGGAGGUUUCUCAUGGCCCAUAUGCUUCUGAGCUGAGCCAAGGGGAGAGUGGGCUGGCCACUGGUCAGCUCUUGGAUGGAGAUGGCCAGGGUCUGAAUUGCAUCAACAGAGGCAACUUGCGUUACCCCAAGACCAAGAAGUACCUGGUGACCGAGUGGUUGAAUGAAAAAAUUCCUGGAGGGGAGAAGAUCCAACAAGAACUGCCUGUUGAUCGGCCACUGCGGAUAACCACCGAUCCAACGGUGCUGGCCACCACCCUCAACAUGUUGCCAGGCCUCUCGCACUCAUCUGUUAUCUGCACCACACCCCGACACUAUGUUCGCUUCGGCUCCCCUUUUAAUCCCGAGAGACGCCGGCCCCGUCCACUUCAGAUGGACGGCACUUAUGGCUGCUUUAAAAAGAGAUGGAUAAAGCAGGUGGAGGAUGAGAGCUGUUCGGCCAUUGUGGCGGAUGGCACGGAGUCCACCUCCUCCCAACAAAGCACGAGCAGUAGAUCCACCCCCAAUCCCUUGUCCAGUGAAUUGAAUGCACCUUUCAAGAAACGCCAUGCCAAGUAUAUGACAGAGACAUUGCCGACUGCCUGUGACCACCUCCUUCGUCCACUGUCACCCAUCACGCCACCUCUUCCUGAGGACCCCCUGCUUCCACUUCUUCACAAUCCCUGUAGCUCUUUAUCGAAUGGCCUUGCAUAUUCACCAAUGCCCUCGCUGCCAGUCAGCCGUUGCAACACACCACUACAAUUUGAAAAUAUAUCAUCCCCCGAGGCAUCGCCUGUUCACCGACCGGAGUCCAUUUCUCCUGAGCCAUAUCUUCAGCCAGACUUCGACAUCCCUCGGACCCAGUUCCCAGAUCUUUCCCUAUCCUCAAGCUUAGAGAGCCCCAUGGCUGUAGCCUCGGAUGACUUUCCCAUUCCUGGAGCCUCUUUAGGCGGUGAUUGCCAAGACGCUUCAUCUGUUGGGAUCAGUUCCUUAAAGCCAGUGUCAAGUUCAACCUCAGACCGAACCCUCCAAACUAGGGAACAGGCCUUCAGGACAGAGUUCAACCUCAUAUACACUUGCUCACCACUCAAUGCAAACUUGGGAAGUACUGUGGCCACUGACCGACGCCUGUCUCUAUCGGAAGGAGGUUUCUCCCCUGCGGAGUCUUUACAGAAUUCUUUGAGUGGCCAGGGGCUGUUUGGGGACGUAGGUCCUGACUGUAUGUCGCUAUACAGUGAUCUUCAUUAUGGUGGCGGCUACCCAGAAAGUAGCACAUCUCCUCACACCAACAACCCACCACAAAAAAAGAAGAGGGCCAACCAGCAUACCAUUAGUCUGCUGACAGGGAAGCCAGAUUACCAGGCUAUAGCUGUAAGAAGUGAAUACAAGACAAUACAAAAUAUGGUUUCAUUGCUGGAGUACCGUAAGAGGAAGCAAGUUAGCAGCCGCGAUCCCGAGCGAUCCAGCUGCGGUUCAUCUCUGGGUAGCACCCCAACUGGAGCCGGCUCUCACCACAUCCAGGAGAUCCACCAUUCCCGCUACUUGAUGCAUCCCAUUGCCUCCCCGCACAACUGCACACCUUCAUCAGGACACAGCAGUUCCAUCCCUCAGAUCGAGGCUGUCAGUCCUCCAGACCACCACAGCUCAUGUGUGCAAGCGAAACACCCAGAUAGGACCACACAGUGGAUGGUCCCCACCAGUGUUGAACGUCUACGUGAAGGCCAAGGGGCACUGGAACGAGUGCUGAGAAGCAUGAAGAUGGAGCAGAUGCUCAAGAGGAGCAAUAGUUCAACAGAAAAAGAAUCUGAUGCAGAUCAGUAUGACAUGCAGUCAGUGACAAUUCCUUCGCCAAUGAAGAGUCCACCGCAAAGAUACAGUCCAUCUAUAUAUUCACAUCAGUCAUCAGAUGGACACCCACAGACCGCUAGUCCCUCGUUGCUUCAGCAAACGGCCACAUCCCCCUUUGAAAGUUGCUCUAGCCCCACGUCAGGCAAGAGCUACUACUACUCCUCCCACACCGGCCCAUCUCAGGACCACCCUCCAUCCUCCUAUCCCUCGCAUACCCCAGCAACCUCAUCAGACUCCAAGCUGCCAGGAAACUUGCUCCACCUGCAAAGCGGCAACAGUGAGGCGGAUGAUCACCUCAGUUGCAGCAACCACCAAAAAGUGGGCCGUUUGAACAGGAGCAGCCUGUUGGGGUCUCCUACCCCGGGACCGUGGGCCCAUGGGCCGACAAACACAGACAUGAGCUUGACGGCAUCCAGGGGGAAUCAACAGCAGGUUUCUCGAAACCUCAAGUCAGGCAGCCCAAGCUCAAGGCUGCUGUCGGCCUCUGGACCAACAAACCUCUCACAGCAAGGGACGAGCAUCAAUCAGUUCCAACGCUCUCCACUACAGGGCCCCGGUGUACGGACACAGUCGGGAAGCUUUUAGGACCUUGUAUGUACCAGCUUGUACAAAUCUGUACAGCCCACUUACAGUACGCGGGUACGCUAGGAUAACUGUACAAACCUAAAUGGAGCAAAAACUGAUUUACAAAUUUACAAACUGUUUUGUUUUUCAGCUUCCCCCACCCCCAACAAAAACAAAAACAUUGCAUUGUGCACGAAACCAGUUGGCUUUGGAUCUUGCAAUCAACAAUUUGAAUGACGCGCUGAAAAUACGAAAUCAUUUAACUUGAAAUCGUCCCUAGUGUUUCCUUGUACUGAAUUUAGCAAAUGAACAUUGACAAAGUUCCACACAAAUGUCUGUACAAAAUGAUUAAAAGCCCACCUGUCAUUCUACCUUGCUCAGUUGAUUACUUGAGAGGCUCACAUUACAGAAAGAGUUGUUUGAAAUCAUUUUCGUUUUUGUGAAUACGAAUCUUAUUUGGCAAAUGGCUGCAUCUCUGCUGCAGUACUCAAGUGUUGGUAUGGGAAAAGGAGAAUUAUGUAUUAAUGAUGUCAGGAAUAGGAUUCCUAGAUCGGGCCGUUCCUCAUUAUUACCAGCUUCGGUUGUGAUGGCCCAGAAAAUCAUUGAAACAGACCAUUUUUUAAAAUUUUCUUCCAUGCUUUUCCACCUUUUAUCCCAUUUUGUCAUGGUUAAUUAUAAGUUGACUCGGGACUUCAUAGUAGACAUUUGGCGUUGUACUUCAGCCAGCUUCAUACAGUGUUUAUGGUGCUGCAACUGCCACCAAUAAAUUUGAAAUUGAGCUAUGUUCCUCACACAUGACUUAAUUCACAUUGUUAUUCUAUCUGUUUAUAUAUAUAUAUAUAUAUAUAUAUAUAUAUAUAUAUAUAUAUAUAUAUAUAUAUAUAUAUAUAUAUAUAUAUAUAUAUAUAUACACAGAAUAUUUUUUUCUUCCAAAUUUCAUUUGUCAUACGUUGUGGUCGUGGAAUACAGGAAUGCAGAAAAUGGUGUACUGUAUGAGUGAAUGAUCCACUCUGGGGUUUGAUGCUACCAGAUUUUAAAAAUAUAUAAUUAAAACACACACACACACACGCAUUCCCCAGUUUCUUAGAUACACCUGGAUAUAAUACAUGUACAUUUAGGCAAAUCAACAAAAAAAAUUGGUAGUGAAUUGUGUAUAUGUGUAGCUAUUUUUCUGACCAAACCUUACAUUCCAUGCUAACACCAGGGAAAGUAUUUGUGACAGUGUUUGGAAGAUUGUUUAAAAACUCAAUUUAUUUUUGAAAAAUGCUGCUAUGUUCUCCUGUGAGAGCUGCUUCCCUUUCUGUCGAAUGCUGUAUUUUAAUACUCUUUCCCCAAAAAAUGGACUUUCGGAAGAGUUAGUUGUCCUGACUACCACAAUGGAAUCUCAAGUUUCACGCUAGCCCAACUGCAGCAAGUGUCAGCCAUUCUCCUCCUGUCAACAGAGACUCACUAUUUGUUAUACCGGCGAUAACUACUGCAUUUGUGUGGAAUACUUCAAAAUGGAGGGCCCGGUCGAGUAGCAGGAUCCAACUUGCUGCAAAAAUACACCAAUACACAAAAGGGUACUCGGGUUACAUGAAUGUUCUGACAGACAAGUAAAAGUGAUCCAAAAUGAACCAGCACCUUAAAGUGAUUCAAUUUACAAGACCCAAUAGGAUGAUAUGUAUGAAUAUAAGUACUUGUAUAGAAAGAAAUGUUAUAUAGACUUUUAUGGAGAAAUAUAGUACACUGAAUUUAUCGCAUGGUAUUUGUUUUUAGGGUCUGUGUGACCACUUGGUGGGAAGUUAAUCAUUUGGGCCUGUUCUUGAGUUCCCUUCAAAACCAGAUGCUACGUUACUUUAUUUUGUGGUUUUGUAACAAUUCCUUUUGUUUUGUUUUAUUUUUACAUGGAUCAUAGUAGUAACUAUUUCAAUUGUUCCCCUCCGGAAAGAUUUAAGAAAGAAGUGAUGCUAAUGCAAAUGUAAUGCAUUUUGAUAAUAAAAUAAUCAUGACGGUAAUGUAUUUUGGAAACCUA